AUGUCGAGGUACAAUUUUCGAUCACGCCCAGCAAAGGAGGAUCUGCCGCUGCCGCCAACCCCAAAGAAGCGAGUCAAAAGAUCCGACAGCAUCAAUCACAGCGCCCUCAAACAGCAUCCAGACGUAUCAUUCCUGUCUCAUCCCCCUACUCCCAUCGACGUAGAGGUCAGCGAGCUGCCCGAGGAGAGCGGUAUCGCCCUUACAAACAAGGCGGACGAAACAAUCGUCCUAUCUUCUGACUCGGAGCCAGCUACAAACAAAGAUGAAAAUUGGAGGGAAAAUACAGGGGUGUGGCACGACCUCCAAAGCUUUGAGCCAGGCGCCUGGCUCAACGACGCUGCGAUAUUCCGUGUCGUGACAAAGCUUGCUGCGCGAGACAAGAGCUUUGGUGUAGUCGACCCUCUUAUUGUUGAGAACUUCAACAGCUUGAGCGGGCCUAGCUGGGACGCCAGGGAUUUCGCGAGGGAUUACUUUAAUAAGCCCAAAGUGUUGCUUAUAGCAAACCCCCUCAGGGCACACUGGGUGCUCUUCCUGUGGGAGCAGGAAAAAAAGCAGCUCUACCUGUAUGACUCCCUGAGGGGAGGCAAAUACGAAGCUGCCGCCAUCACAUCGGUGGUGAAUCUCGUCAAGGUCGCUUUCCCAAACGAGGAGAUCGCAGCACCCAUCUCCAGAGAGUGCCCUCAGCAGCCCAACGGUUUUGAUUGCGGACUUCAUGUGCUUCGGAACGCCGACAUACUAACAUCGACACUCAUGCCGGGAGCGCCCGAGCCGCCCCUAGACCCCCAGACAAUGCGCGCCCACUACAGACAAGUUUUCUUGGGCUAG